GUAGUUCUGUGAGCUCUCCGGAAUUCCACGGCUUCCGUUCCUGCGUUCGCGUUCUGUGUUUGCUAAUUCACCUGCGAAUUUACAACUGCAUUCAACAUGACUUCCAUUGAGGAUCUUGACAAACAGCAGCUGGAACUGUUGCGAAAUGCGUUCAACGCGUUCGAUCAGGAGAAGAAGGGAUGCAUCGGCACGCAGAUGGUCGGCACCAUCCUGAGUAUGCUGGGCCACCAGCUGGAUGACAAGCUGCUCAAAGAGAUCAUCGACGAGGUCGACGCCGACGGUUCCGGUGAGCUGGAGUUCGAAGAAUUCGUCACGCUGGCCGCCCGGUUCCUGGUUGAGGAGGAUGCAGAAGCCAUGCAGCAAGAGUUGAAGGAAGCCUUCCGUCUGUACGAUAAGGAAGGAAACGGUUACAUUACCACCGCGGUGUUACGCGAAAUCCUGAAGGAGUUGGACGACAACCUGACCAACGAAGAUCUGGACAUGAUGAUUGAGGAAAUCGAUUCUGAUGGUUCCGGAACCGUUGAUUUCGAUGAAUUCAUGGAGGUCAUGACCGGUGGAGACGACUAAACACUUCCUUGUCGUUGAUAGCUCUUAAUAAUUCGUUUAAUAAUAAUUUACCUUCCACACUAUUUUGUUGUUGAUAAAUAUCAAUCUAGCCUAAAUCUUAAUCCUUGCUCUAAGUUUCAAUAAGAUCAGAACAUGUUACAUAGUAGCACAAUAAAUUGAAACAAAAUGUACAGCCAAUCAGUGAGUGAGCCACCGCAAAGUUUUUAUUUGCAGUAAAAACGAGAAUGAAACAAAAGUAUUUUACCGAUUUUGUUGGCCGAUGCUGCUAUAGUAGGUGCAAUAUAAUUUUGAGUUUCAGGUUUAAUUUAGAUUAAACGUACCCGCCCGCUAGUCAAUGCUUUAUUGAGUCAUAAAAUUUAACACCGAAAACUCGUGUACUCAGACAACAAAAAAAUAAAAUAAAACGAUAUAGCGUAAGCGCACGCUCGUGAAAGUAUUGUAGACCACCUACUAGCAGCAGCCCCUCUUUGUAACGCGCGCAGGCACGGGAGAAGCUGUUUCCAACUUG